AUGGCCAGGGGGCCGGCGGCCGUGGCAGCGGAGCCGCCGCAGCCGGUCAGCGCGGCCCCUGGUGUGGUGUCCUUCAGCUGGGGCUGCAAGGCGCAGCGCCCCGCGGCGCUGGCUGCCAUGGGCACUCUGGUGGCCGCCAUGGCCGAGGACCCCGUCAACACCUACCUGCUCGGCGGCACACCCAGCGCGCGCUUUGCCAAGAAGGAGCUCAAGGGCUACGUGAAGGCGCUCCCCCGCGCGCGCCACUUCAUCGCGACCCCAGACGCGGCCGCGGUGGCGUUGUGGCAGCUGCUGCCAGAGGAGACCCCCGCGAACGAGCUGCUGGCGGGCUGGACCAGGAUCUUCCGCGUGCCUCUGAAGCUGUGGCCGGCGCUGGUGGGCCUGGAGCUGCGCUACGAGGCGGCCCACGCGCGCGAGGCCGCCACCGCCCCUGGCGGCGCCUAUUACUACCUCUCAUUCAUCGGCACAGCGCCCGGCGCGCGCGGCAAGGGCUACGCGUCGCUCCUAAUGCGCCACAUCACGUCCCGCGCGGAUGCGGAGGGGCGGCUGUGCCUGCUGGAGGCGACCAGCGACAAGAGCCAGGCGCUGUAUGAGCGCCACGGGUUUGUCACUUACGAGACCGUUCGCAUUACGGCCCAAGCGCCCCCAGUCUUCUUCAUGCGCCGCGACCCGCAGCCGCCCAGCAUGGCGGCCCCCGGGCAUGCCGCUCGAGCGGCGCCUGCGGCAGUGCGCGCCUUUGAGCGCAAGUCGGCGGCAGCGGCGGCGGCGGUGGCGGUGUCCGAUGCCUGCUGCGCCAGCGAUGACGUCUCGGGGAUCCUGAUCCCCGCCGCAGUCGCGGUGGGGGAGGACGUGGCUAGUGGCAUGGGCAAACACGCUGCCAGUGAAACCGUGGGGGCGGGAGGCCCCAUUGUUGCCAUUGCUGCCAUUUGA